AUGGCCUUUCCACUCAUCGAAGCCCCCACUGUCGAACAGCAUUCGACAGGGCUCGGGAUCGGAGUCGCCACGCCCCGUGUCUCCUGGCGAUUUUUGACAUCAGAGGAGACAGUCAAGGGAUGGGAGCAGGUGGCCUACGAAAUCGAGAUUUUCCGUGACUCCAAGUCUCGAGAGACAUACAAAGUGACAAGCAAUGAAUCGGUUCUGGUCCCUUGGCCAAGCGAAUGCUUGAAAUCGCGCGAAAGCGUCCAGAUUCGAGUUCGAGCAUACGGGAACUUUCAAGACGUGACAGACUGGUCACCAUGGAAAACAGUGGAAAGUGCACUACUCUUCCGCAGUGACUGGAUCGGCGUGCCAAUCACAAGCCCAGAGCCCACACAACCCGAAAGUCCUCUACGACCGAUUCGAUUCCGCAAAGCCUUCCAUCUUGGAAAUGCGGUUAUAGAUCGAGCGCGCCUUUACAUCACCAGCCUAGGUGUUUACCGUGCAUUCAUCAACGGCCGCCAAAUCGGAGAUCAAUGUAUGGCACCAGGAUGGACCAGUUACAAUCAUCGUUUGAACUACCAAAUUUACGACGUCGCACCACUCCUCAAUCCUCAAGGCCCAAACGUCAUUGCUAUCGAGGUCGGCGAGGGGUGGUAUGCAACUCGUCUGGGGUUCAAGGGUGGGCGCAGACAGCUAUACGGAGAUCGUUUGGCAGCGCUUGCUCAGCUGGAAAUUCAAAUUCAAAACGAUAAGCCUGACAUGUCGAUUGUGACAGACUCAACAUGGACUUGUUGCCCAAGCGCCAUUGUCAAGAGUGAAAUCUAUGAUGGGGAAGUAUACGAUGCACGCGAGGAAGAUCCUAAUUGGAACAUGCCUACUCUCGAAACGGACAAAGUCCCUUGGAUCUCUGUACAAGAGUUGCCCUUCCCGGCUGCAACUCUUGUUGCACCCGAUGCACCACCUGUUCGAGUCACCGAAGAGAUCAAAGCUGUGCAAGUGAUUGAAACCCCUUCGGGAAAGACUGUGGUAGAUUUCGGUCAGAAUCUGGUUGGUCGGCUGCGCAUUGGCAAUUUGAAUAAAUCGCCAGGCAGUAAAGUGACCUUGACACAUGCAGAAGUCCUGGAACAUGGCGAGCUUGGUACGCGACCAUUGCGGCAUGCAGCGUGUACAGAUGAAGUUAUCUGCGGUGGUGCAGAACUUCAAGAUUGGUCACCGCAAUACACUUUCCACGGGUUCCGUUACGUUCAAGUUGAUGGCUGGACAGCCGAAGAUUCAGAUCUGUUGACCAACUUGACGGCUUUCGUGCUGCACACUGACAUGGCCCGGACGGGAUGGUUCUCCUGCUCCCACCCAAUGGUCAACCAGCUGCACAACAAUGCCUGGUGGAGUAUGCGUGGCAAUUUCCUAUCAAUCCCUACGGACUGUCCCCAGCGUGAUGAGCGCCUCGGAUGGACUGGUGAUAUUCAGAUCUUUACUCCAUCUGCCAGCUUUCUGUACAACACGGCUGGAAUGCUAGGAGACUGGCUCAAAGAUGUCGCAGCAGAGCAACUUCUCGAAAGAGAUGGCUGUGUUCCACCAUUCGUUGUUCCCAAUGUCAUCAGUGAGAAGCUAUGGCCACACCUCCCUCAAGCAAUCUGGGAUGAUGUGGUAAUUUUGACACCGUGGGAUCUCUACCGCUCAUACGGAGAUACUGAUAUUCUCCGUCGUCAAUAUCCUAGCAUGUUAGCAUGGAUUGACCGUGGCAUUCGCAGAGGACCAGACGGUCUAUGGGACUCAACCCUCUGGCAACUCGGGGACUGGCUCGAUCCAACAGCACCCCCAAUCGAGCCAGGCGAUGCCCGCACAAACGGAACACUAGUAGCAGACGCCUACUUAAUUCAUGUGACAACAACAAUGUCCCAAGUCAGCGCCGUCCUAGGCAACACAGCCGACGCAACACGCUUCCAAGCAGACGCGCAAAUGCUCAAAACCAAGUUCCAAGCCAAAUACAUCGCCCCCUCAGGCCUGCUAGUCGGUGACACGCAAACAGCCCUAAGCCUAGCAAUAAUGUUUGACCUAUUUCCAACGCCAUCCCAAAAAGAGACAGCAGCAAACCGACUGGUGGAACUAGUCCGACUCGCCAAAUUCCGCGUAGCAACUGGCUUCGCAGGAACACCAAUAAUAACGCACGCACUUACGAGAACAGGCCACGCUCAGAUCGCCUACAGAAUGCUCCAAGAAAAGAACCGUCCGUCAUGGAUGUAUCCAAUAACUAUGGGGGCAACAACAGUCUGGGAAAGAUGGGAUAGUAUGCUUCCAGACGGAACAAUAAACCCCGGUGAAAUGACCAGUUUCAACCACUACGCUCUCGGGUCCAUCAUCAACUGGCUUCAUUCUAGUGUUGGUGGUGUUACGCCUCUUUCACCGGGAUGGAAGGAGAUCCGUGUUGCUCCGAUUCCUGGUGGGACUGUUACUUCUGCCGAGGUGGUUUAUCAGACUGCCUAUGGGCGGUUAGAGUGCCAGUGGAGGGUCGUCGAGAGACGGUUUAAGAUGGGACUGGUUGUUCCGUGUAAUUCGAGGGCUCUGGUUGUUCUGCCCGAAGAAAAUGGCGAGAGUGAUGGUGUGUGGAUUGGGUCGGGUCGUUAUUCGUUUGAGUGUUUGUUGAAGGAGAGUUGUUCGGAGGGGUGGCCUCCUCAGCCUAUCAUUCCUAUUAUGAGGAAGCCUGAGCCGGAGAAUAUUGCUUAG